CGCGCAGGCGCGCAUCAUUCUUCAGAAUAAAGGAUACGCCAGAAUUGUGCAGUUGAGACGACAACUUCUGUGUCCGUUUCAAAUAUAUUACUACUGGUAUGUAAUAGCACGUUCUAAUAUCGAAAGAACAUGUCAUAACAUGCUAGGUAACAAAUACUUUAAGAUAUUAUCACGUUUGGUAAAUGUUUUUUUGUGGUAUUUUUGUGUCAAACCGCAUGAGUGAACGUGAUCACUUUUUUUACAAGUCACAUAGUUAUAGACUUUGUGUUAGUCUGAGUGGAUGUAUAUCAUAUCGUCAAGAUACUUUCAUAAAGGAUCAAAUAAUUUGAGAUUUCUGGGUUCGUUUUACAUGUCGUUUUUGGUUUUGUGUAAAAUUCACGAGCUGGUGAAAUGGCGGAUCCCACUGGUUGGGUAUAAUUUGUGGAACGUUCCAACAGGAAUCUAUUCCAAAAACUUCGUAAAUAACAAGGUUGCCAAAAAACAAGGCAUACAAAGUUGUAUAGCGGCAGAAUAACAUACCGUGUAGUAAGUGGUCUAUUUCAUUGCGUUUUUCACUCAUCACGUUUAUUCCCGAAAAAUGUCUGUCCUCACUCUUGUUGCCUAUGGACAAACAUUAAGAAUAAGCUACGUGGUGAGUUGAUGCCUAUUCGGCAGCUAGUUAGCUAGGUUUUUUGGAACAGAUUCCUGUUGGAACGUUCCACAAUUAAUACCCACCCGAUCCCACUCGGUCUGCAUUAACGCACUUCAGGGCAGGCAGUGAGGGUGCAGCAGAGAGACAAUUUUACGGUUGCACUACUGUUUUGGAGCUAAAUGUAAUGAUUAUCAGUUUUCUACAUGUGUACUAAUAUUCAGACACAUUCAGUUGCUUCUGUCUAUCUAUACAUGUUACUAUGGUGUGAACGGAAAUACUAUUGGGUUUUGAUUGAAAUAAUACAGUGAAGACAAGUUUGUUCAGGAAAAUAGUACAUAGUGCUUCCUAAAACAUACUGCAACCUUGUAAUAAAUGUUUUUUGAGUCAUUUAUGUGAAUUCAGAAAUCUACUAUAGAUUAAGUUCUGUAGCCUAAUUUAAAGUGUAUACUUUGUCUAAUUUGGAUGAAUUCGUGUUUUGUUGUCAAUGCUUACCUACCAGAUCUAUUGAAAUGAGAUCAGUGCUUGACUUGGACAGGAGCUCACCGGAGCUGAGAACCGUCACCUCAAAUGUCUACUGUUUGAGCUCAUGUUCCUCAUAUAGAAUAUUAGCUCAACAGUAUUGUGGAGCUCCUGCACCUAAAUAUAAACUAUAUUGUUAGAGAGUAAAGAAAGUGCCAGAACUGUCAAGAUUAACUUUUGUGUCCGUUUCUCUUUAUUACUACAGACCGACUCAGAUUAAGUCUGAGGCCGGUAACAUCAACAGUGAGGACAGACUCAGACUGCCUCUUAUUGGGAAUUUUCCAGUACAUGUGUGCACAUUAUACAUCUUAGAGUAGUCAGCAGAAUAAGUGCACUCUAUAUGUGUGUCUAGGUCAUUAGGCACCAAUAAACAUGCACCUGUCUUGGGAGUGGGUAUGUCUGUUUAUUAUUGUACCAUUGCUAUAGCCUAAUAUGUACUGUUGCUAUGGUUAUGCCACAAAUGGAAUCUAUGCCCUACAUGCACCUGUCUUGGGAGUGGGCGUGUCUGUUUAUUUUUGUACCAUUGCUAUGGCCUAAUAUUUACUGUUGCUAUGGUUACUCCACGAAUGGAAUCUAUGCCCUAAUGUGAAACCAAGCUACAAUUAGUGCAAGGUAAUAAGAUAAGGGUGGCUAAAUGCCAGAGGGGACGAAACAUUAACAUAAAGAGGAGUUACUAUGUGUGUGACGUAAGGAGGAAAACUGUAUAAUAAAGUCUGGAAAGACAUUGACUGAAUAUUUCCACUACACUCUCCUUCCGCACUGAGUCCAAACCUACAGUCACUGGGUCCUGAUUGUGACAGUGGAGCCCAGUUUGCACUGCAGGAUACAGAGAUGGCAUCAGUGAAGCUGGAAGACUGCAGUCAAACACUGGAGCUGAAUGCCAACAUUAAAGAUGAAGAAGAGGAGAAGAAGAUUGGGAAAUCUGUUAGUCAUGGGCGACUAGAAUUAAGUUUGAGGCCGGUAACAUUAAAAGUGAGGACAAACCCAGCCUGCCUCUCUCCUUCCACACUGAGUCCAAACCUACAGUCACUGGGUCCUGAUUGUGACAGUGGAGUCCAGUUUGCACUGCAGGAUCCAGAGAUGGCAUCAGUGAAGCUGGAAGACUGCAGUCAAACACUGGACCUGAAUGUCAACAUUAAAGAUGAAGAAGAGGAGGAGACGAUUGGGAAAUCUGUUUCUCAUGGACAACUAGAAUUAAGUCUGUGGCCGGUAACAUUAAUAGUGAGGACAGACCCAGCCUGCCUCUCUCCUUCCACACUGAGUCCAAACCUACAGUCACUGGGUCCUGAUUGUGACAGUGGAGCCCAGUUUGCACUGCAGGAUCCAGAGAUGGCAUCAGUGAAGCUGGAAGACUGCAGUCAAACACUGGAGCUGAAUGUCAACAUUAAAGAUGAAGAAGAGGAGGAGAUUGGGACAUCUGUUUCUCAUGGAGACCAUGUUGAGACAUUCUCUACAUCCAGAGAGCAACAGCAGGAAGAUCACAGAACUAAGAGGUCUCACCACUGCCCACAUUGUGAGGAGAUUUUCCCAAUUCUAUCAAAGCUAAAAAUACACCUAAAAAUACACACAGGAGAGAAUCUGUAUUCCUGUACUGACUGUGGGAAGGACUUCACAACAUUAAAGGUUCUGAUAGUUCAUCAGAGAGUGCAUGAACAGAUACAUACAGGAUUGAAGCCUUACUUCUGCUCUGACUGUGGAAAAAGUUUCUCUCGACUGGGCACCUUAAAAAGACAUGAACGUAUACAUACAGGAGAGAAGCCUUACUCCUGCUCUGACUGUGGGGCAAGUUUCUCUCGACUGGGCCACCUAAAAACACACAAAGGUAUACAUACAGGAGAGAAGCCUUACUCCUGCUCUGACUGUGGAAAGAGUUUCUCUCGACUGGGCCACCUAAAAACACAUGAACGUAUCCAUACAGGAGAGAAGCCUUACUCCUGCUCUGACUGUGGGAAGAGUUUCUCUCUACUGAGCAACUUAAAAGCACAUGAACGUAUGCAUACAGGAGUGAAGCCUUACUCCUGCUCUGACUGUGGAAAGAGUUUCUCUCGACUGGGCCACCUAAAAACACAUGAACGUAUACAUACAGGAGAGAAGCCUUACUUCUGCUCUGACUGUUUAAAAUGCUUCACAACAUCAAAUGACCUAAAAGUUCAUCAGAGAACACACACAGGAGAGAAGCCUUACUCCUGCUCUGAUUGUGUAAAAUGCUUCACAACAUACUCUGGUCUUGAAAGUCAUCAGAGAACACACACAGGAGAGAAGCCUUAUGCCUGCUCUAAUUGUGUAAAAUGCUUCACAUCAUCAACUAACCUAAAAAUUCAUCAGAGAACACACACAGGAGAGAAGCCUUACUCCUGCUCUGACUGUGGAAAGAGUUUCUCCCGACUGGGCAACUUAAAAAGACAUGAACGUAUACAUACAGGAGUGAAGCCUUACUAAUGCUCUGACUGUUGGAAGAGUUUCUCCCAACAGGGCAACUUAAAAAUACACCAAUGUAUACAUAAAGGAGAGAAGCCUUACUCCUGCUCUAACUGUGGGAAGUGCUACACAACAUCAACUGACCAAAAAGUGAAUCGACGACGACACAUGAGAGAAGCCUUAAUCCUGCUGUGACUGUGGGAAGUGCUACACAACGUCAACUGAGCAAAAAGUUCAUCAAAUAGGACACACAGGAGAGAAGCCUUGCUUCUGCUCUGACUGUGGGAAGAGUUUCUCCCAACAGGGCAACUUAAAAAUACACCAACGUAUACAUAAAGCAGAGAAGCCUUACUCCUGCUCUGACUGUGGGAAGAGUUUCUCCCGAUUGGCCACCUUAUUAAAAACACAUCAAUGUAUACAUAAAGGUGAGAAGCCUCAUCAGUUGUCUCAGACCAGCCAAGAUUAGUCACUACAUCACCUCAUUCUCAUCUUAUAAAGGAAGUGGUAACAUUGAAUUUGAUAACAUUAACACUAUUGUAAUCAUAUUUUUUUCUCAAUGUGUUAUCUGUGCAGAGGAAAGGGAGCAUUAUAGAAUGUCAUUGGAAAUGAUCUUUCUCCAUCUUUUUUACUACAAAACAUAGAAGCGCAUCAACAUGUACUUUAGCAUUUGAGCUAAUAAGCAACUUUGCAACAACAUUGCAUGACCAAAAGUUUGUGGACUCCUGCUCGUUGAACAUCUCAUUCUAAAAUCAUGGACAUUAAUAUGGACUUGGUCCCCCUUUGCUGAAAUAACAGCCUCCACUCUUCUGGGAAGGCUUUCCACUAGAUGUUGGAACAUUGCUGUGGGGACUUUC